GAGAAGCCUCGACGACCCCACAGGCGUCUGCCGCAAGAUGGUCUGGGUGGCGUCUCUUCUUGCCUGUCUCGCGCUGCCGCUGGCGGCCGCGGAUGCUCCCACCUGCCCGCCGGGCUGGACUCUGCUCCCGACCGUCGGCGCCGGGGUCGUCAUCGGCACCUGCUACUACGAGUCCGACUAUGAAUCCAACUGGGUCUCGGCCAAACGUACGUGCGAACAGUUUGUCCAUCCGGAUGACCCCACAAUCAAAGGUGCCUUGGCCAGCGUGCAUUCGCUCUACGAGAACGCCUUCAUCUUCGACAACGUCACCAACAGCCGCAACGCCUGGCUGGGCCUGAACCAGAGGCAGAACGUCGGCGACUGGGUCUGGGACGAUGACACCCGCGUCAACUUCGAGUUCUGGCUGGCCGGCUACCCCAAGGCGGAUGACGGACUGGAUUGCGUGUCACAGGCGAGCCCGUUGCAGAGCCGCUGCGGCGAGUGGGUGAACGCUGACUGCACCACCAACGUGCACUUCGCCUGCGAGAUGGCCGCCAAGACAGCGUAGUUUGGUCCCACAUGCUGGCGCUUAGAGUGAUGGAGGCUGCAGGCGCUUAGGCACGUAGGCAAGGGUUUUAUAGGCCAAGAUGAACCUCCUGACUAGUGCGUUUGGAACGAGCGCAAAUACACGGCACCGCCACCA